AUGGAAGCAUUACGGGAGAGGAACUUAUGUUUUUCUUGUCAUGGAGAAUGGACACCAGGACACCAGUGUAAAAGUCGUACCCUUAAUGCACUUGAAGGAGAUGAGCAAUUUGUAGAAUCUUCAGAUGAGGAGCUAGUGAAUGAAGUGAUUGAAGGAGAGGUGGUAGAACAAGGGGAAGUAUCAUUAAAUGUGGUCGAAGUGUAUCUUGCACAAUCACAAGUGGAGUAUUUUGGUCAUGUUGUGCCGGGAGAUGGAGUUAGCAUUGACUUUGCUAAAGUGGAAGCUAUUUUAUCAUGGCCUCAACCAGUGAACAUUAAAGGGUUAAGGGAAUUUCUUGGUUUAACUCGUUACUACAGACGUUUUAUUAAAAACUAUGCAUGGAAUGAAUUAGCCUCAAACGCUUUUGAGGAAGUGAAGGAGGCAAUGGUAAAGGCCCCUGCGUUAGGAUUGCCUGAUUUCUCCAACCUUUUACUGUGGAAGUGGAUGCUAGUGGAGUAG